GGAGGGCAAGCGGGCGGCGCGGUGCGGGGACCCGAGGGGCGCGGGGCUGCGCGCCGGAAGUGUCGGGCGCGGCGGAGGAAGCGCCGCAGAGCCGCGGAGCCGACCGAGUCGGCGGGGAGGCCUUUUCCUCCUCCGCGCGGGCAGGGGCUGCCGCGGACCCAGGUCCCGCUAGGAGACGCGGCGCGACCCAAAAGGGCAGCGACUCCCGGAGAAGGGACCUCGGGGGUGGGGAAGGAGGAAGCGAGGAGGCCGCGCGAAGGGAAGGCGGCGGGCUCAGAGGCCUCGGCCGCGUGAGAGCACCCACAUGGCCUGCGGAGUGGGCGCGGCCUUCGAGGAGCUGCCUCACGACGGCACGUGUGACGAAUGCGAGCCUGACGAGGCUCCGGGGGCCGAGGAAGUGUGCCGAGAAUGUGGCUUCUGCUACUGCCGCCGGCACGCUGAGGCUCACAGGCAGAAGUUCCUCAGUCACCACCUGGCCGAAUACGUCCACGGCGCCCAGGCCUGGAUCGCGCGAGCGGGCGGGGAGGGGGCGGGGAAGGAAGACGUGGAGGCCAAGGUGGAGCAGGAGAGGGAGAUAGAAAGCGAAGCCGGGGAAGAGAGCGACUCUGAGGAAGAGAGUGAGUCAGAAGAAGAGAGCGAGACGGAGGAAGAGAGUGAGGAUGAGAGCGACGAUGAGAGUGAAGACGACAGUGAGGAAGAUAUGGAGGAUGAGCAAGAAAGCGAGGCUGAGGACAACCAGGAAGGAGAAUCUGAGGCUGAGGGAGAAACCGAAGCAGAAAGUGAAUUUGACCCAGAAAUAGAAAUGGAAGCAGAGAGAGUGGCUAAGAGGAAGUGUCCGGACCAUGGACUGGAUUUGAGCACCUACUGCCAGGAAGAUAGGCAGCUCAUCUGUGUCCUAUGCCCUGUCAUUGGGACUCACCAGGGCCACCAACUCUCUACCCUAGACGAAGCCUUUGAAGAACUAAGAAGCAAAGACUCAGGUGGACUGAAGGCAGCUAUGAUAGAGUUGGUGGAAAGGCUAAAGUUCAAGAGCUCAGACCCUAAGGUAACUCGGGACCAGAUGAAGGUGUUUAUACAGCAGGAAUUUAAGAAAGUUCAGAAAGUGAUUGCUGAUGAGGAGCAGAAGGCCCUUCAUCUAGUAGACAUCCAGGAAGCAAUGGCCACCGCUCAUGUGACUGAGAUACUGGCAGACAUCCAGUCCCACAUGGAUAGAUUGAUGACUCAGAUGGCCCAAGCCAAGGAACAACUUGAUACCUCUAAUGAAUCAGCUGAGCCAAAGGCAGAGGACGAUGAGGAAGGACCCAGUGGUGCCAGUGAAGAAGAGGACACAUGAAGGCUUGCCGUCCCCAGUGGAAACGCAUCCCCUCCCCUGUGUGUAUGUGACAGCGUGUAUGUAACAGCUUCUGAUUUCUGUGAAAGCUGCUCAGCAACAAACGAACUUCCACCUGUUUGUCCCCAGAUCCACAGCAGGCACCUAUCUCUGGAAGGGAGGACUGGUUUUAUGCUGCUGACUGUGCUUUUCAUUCUUAUUAUGUUAGGUCAAAGAAAGGAGCCCCUUUGAUCAACCAGGAGCAAUUAAGAAAGGUCCUUCAGGCAGUUCCUCAAUGGCUGCUUUGAACUUGCUUAGGAAAGCCAGCCUCUGUGGUAUUGUCUAACCAAACUAUCACUUCCUUAGGAAGGAUCUGGAAUAAUCUUGAGGGGAAGUCACAGUUUAUUCCUUACCUGCUAACAAAAUACCCACUUCAUUCAUAUUGAAGCAUGAAAUAAAUGAGGGCAAGAUAGGGCCAAAUUGACUCAUGUAGAAAGUCUCUAAAAGUCCAAUUCUACUUUUGUGUGAAUAUGUGGUACCGUAUAUUAAGAUAGACGACUUGAAAACAGCAUUGGAGAAAUAGUUGAAAGUUAGGAAGAUAAAGAUAUUUUUAGUGUAUGAGGUUAUCCAGUACUCAGAUGCAUAAUUCAGUGCUGUUGAAAUGAAAAAAUGAUUGAAUACGUGGAAAGGAAAUGACCUUAGGGAGAAAAAAAAGGAAGAUCAAGGAAAUCCGAUUAAAAGUUGAAAUCA